AUGGCAACCAUCAAACUUAUGAAUCAAGACUUGAUGCGGUUGGAUUGGUUUGAUGGUACAAACUCCACGCGGUGUCAAGACAAGUUGAAAUUUUUACUUACUGCAUUGAAAAUCUUCUAUAUUUUGGAUCCAGAAUUGGCUCCACUAUCGGAACCUACAAAUGGAGAGACCAAGGUAGUCAAGGUUGAAAGACAAAAACGACAAGAAGACGAAUUGACAUGCCGCGGUCACAUACUAAAUGCUUUGUCGGACCGUUUAUAUGACUUAUACACAAACACAACUUCUACAAAGGAAAUCUGGGAAGCAUUGGAGAGUAAGUACAAAGCGGAAGAGGAGGGUACUAAAAAGUUUCUAAUUUCUAAAUACUUCGACUUUAAGUUCCUUGAUGAUAUCCCUCUUCUUCUCCAAGUACACGAAUUGCAAGUCAUUGUCAACAAACUAAAAGCGCAUUUUCGGAUCAAGGAAAAAUCCAGAUUGCAUGACAAGAGUGAAAUCUCCUUUGAGGGAACUUUCAAAGCUAAUGCUGUUGAAAAAUCUGAACCGCCAACAAAAUUCAACAAGAGGAAGCCUUUGAGGAACUUUAACAAGUCCAAGAAGAAGACCAAAGGAGGGUGUUUUGGAAAGGUUUCAGGAUGGUGGUAUGAUACUUGUGCUAUUGUACAUGUAUCAUAUGACAAAACUGUAUUGAAAACAUAUCAUGAGAUGGAUGGAGACCAAGAGAUUCAAAUGGGCAACGAAAUUCGACCCAAGGUUAUUGGAAAGGGAAAUGUUGAUAUCAUCUUCACUUCCGAGAAAUUCGUUACCCUUACCAAUGUACUACAUGUUCCAGAUAUGAAUAGGAACUUAGUAAGUUGUAAUCUCUUAAGAAAACCUGGUAUCAAAUGUGUGUAUGAAUCCGGUAAACUUGUACUCUCCCUUAAUGGAAAAUUUGUUGGAAAAAGCUAUUUUAGUGAAUGA